AUGGGCGCCAUAGACAUCCCCGAGCUCAAGUACACCCCGAUCGAGGAGAUCCAGGAACGGGUGUCGCGCGUGAAAAAGACCUUCCUGGAGCACAAGACUCGAGACGUCGAGUUCAGACUUGUCCAGCUUCGAAAGCUCUACUGGGCCAUCAAGGACCACGAGCAAGAAAUCAUCGAAGCCCUCCGGAUCGACCUUCACAAACCGCAAUUCGAAACGGAAGUCGGCGAGAACGUAUGGUUGGAGAAUGACAUUGUCUUCAUUUCAAAGAAUCUGCACAAAUGGGUCAAGGAUGAGAAAGCCGACGACAUCGAUCUCACGUUCAAGUUUAUGAACCCCAAGAUUCGCAAGGAUCCUCUCGGCACAGUUUUGGUUAUUGGUGCCUUUAACUUCCCCUUCCAGUUGACUCUCGGCCCCGUCCUCGGUGCCAUCGCUGCCGGAAACACUGUCGUGAUCAAGCCUAGUGAGAAUGCGCCAAAGAGCGCUGUUGUUAUGCAGCGGAUAGUUGAGGCAGCGCUCGACCCAUCGUGCUACACCAUCAUUCAAGGAGCCAUUCCGGAAACUCAGGCUCUCCUCGCAGAGCGAUGGGAUAAGAUCUUCUUCACUGGUGGUGCGAAUGUCGGACGCAUCAUAGCAAAGGCAGCCGCUCCGAACUUGACGCCAGUUGUGUUGGAGUUGGGUGGUCUUAACCCAGCAAUCAUCUCCAAGACCGCCAACCCUAGACUGGUUGCUCGAAGACUACUUUGGGGCAAGCUUAUGAAUGCAGGUCAGGUUUGCACUUCCCAGAACUACCUCCUCGUUGACAGGAGUCUCGUACCCGCUGUGGUCGAAGAGUUCAAGAAGGCAUACAAGGAGUUCUACCCCAACGGAGCCAAGGCCUCGCCGGAUUUCUCUCGAAUUGUCAACGAAGGCGCCUUCCGUCGUCUGAAAGGAAUGAUCGACAACUCCCAGGGCAAGAUCCUCAUGGGCGGCACCAUGGACGAGAAGGACCUCUUUAUCGAGCCCACGCUCGUCCAAGUCGAGUCGCCCGACGACUCCAUGCUUACACAAGAGAGCUUCGGUCCUCUGAUCCCCAUCCUCCCUGUGGAUAGUAUCGACGAGGCUAUCAACAUCGCAAACAGCAUUCAGAGCACACCGCUAGGCCUCUAUCCCUUCGGGUCAAAAGCAGACACUGAGAAGAUCCUCUCUCAGACCCGCUCCGGUGGUGUCUCCGUCAACGACGCCGCCCUGCACAUCCCUACCCUCCCCUUCGGCGGUGUGGGCGAGAGCGGCUACGGUGCGUACCGUGGCCGCUCCAGCUUUGACGUUUUCGUGCACCGCCGUCCCAUCACAAGCAGCCCGGGCUGGCUCGAGUCUCUCUUGGCGAUCCGGUACCCGCCGUACGCAGGCAAGCUGGCCAAAUUCAAGGCGGCCAGCCUUGUCGUGCCUGACUUUGACCGUUCUGGUCGUAAGGUCCGUCUAGGCUGGCUUCGGUGGAUCCUCACGCUGGGCGGAGGGUCGGCUAAAGCUGGUACUGGACGGGCUGCUGUUGUUGCUGCUGGUGAGUCUUGA